UUUUCUCGCCUUGCAUUAGGGUACGCUCACUCGAUAUUUUGAUUGACUAACUUUUAAAGUUCUUUAUUGUUUCGUCUAAAAAAAGAGAGUCGACAUUUACCGCGCACGUCCCCUAUUGAAAAUCAAUAAACGGAUAAAAAAAUGCUCGCCUUCUAUUCGUUGAGUCAGUAUUGCGGCACGGACAUGUUUGAAGAUAACGGGGAUGAUUCAUAUUUUUAAUCAAAUAUUGGCAUUAGGCUAUAUUUCGCCUUGCUGUGUCAGCUCUCUCUCUCUCUCUCUCUCUCUCUCGAAUGUAAUCAGCGAAACCUAAUUUAUGAUUAUAGAUGCUAAUCGACUUUAGUAUAUCAAAUUCACCAAAAAAUAUAUCAUGAUGAUCGGUAAGUGCGCCUAUUCUCUUAUCAUUAGCGCGCGUGAAAUUUUCUAAAAAAAAUAUAUCACGGAUAACAAUAUCAUUUUACCAGUGUCGACGCAGCAAUAAGGUCAUUUAGCCGCUUGACUAACAGUAGAGUUAGAAACUCAUUCAUUCGGCGUAACGAAAAAAAAAACAUAGAAAGAAUCGAGGAGUAGAGCAAGGAAACAAUAAAGAAUGAUAUAGAGCUACUACUUUCGAGCUGAUUACUUUCGAGAAAUUGUUCUACUGGCUAACAAAAAGGAAUAGCUCGGCAAGCAAAACGCUCGACACUGUAUACUACCACGGCACUCCUCUAUAAUACUCGUCGUCGUCGUUACUACCCGUGUACGUGCACCUCCUCUCCUCUCUCGUCAAUUUCGCAAAAAUAAUGUACGUACCGAUGACGCGUGUCGUCGUCCCUUGCGCGCCGACAAUACCGUGCUACGUCUCACUCAUCAGAUCUCACGAGCAAAGUGCGCCAGUCACGUUGUUCCGCAAGGACGAACUCAUCGAAAAACACUUUUUCGUUCAUACCGCUCGUUGAUUAAUUAAUAUCAUCUUUAUCGACGAUUUUCCGCGCCUUAUCUACCUAUAGUUUUUCGCUCUCCUUUGGAAAGCUCUAAUCUGUCCCCUCACGCGCCUGUCUGUAUAUGCAAUUUUUAUCGCGACAGUCUGACUGCGAUAUUCUGCAGUGUGCUAUAUCGAGAAAAAUGCCGGCCUAAAGCUGUUGCUGUGGAGCUGUCUGUCAAGGCUCUUUUAAAAGAAGGUGCACGCACAUUGAAAAAUGGAAAUUUCCGUGUCGCCACUUCAGUACUUGUUACGGUGCGUACUGCUCGAGGAUCCAGAGACAACAGCGAUCAAGGCGCCAGUAGCUCUCGAUCUUGGAUCCCUCAUUCUUAACACCUCCAGGUGUGUCAUACUCGUCGGCGCUGUCAUUCUGGUUAAGAGAAUGUCCGCCAAUUUGUUUGUCGAUGUUGACCCUUUCAGCGAGACUCCCUUGGAAACUGAUGUCACUCACACUGAUUGCCAUCUGUCAGUCAACGGAAUAGACAACGAAAAUAAUGAUACUAAAAAAGAUAAACCAAAACAAUUGCUGUUUGCUGAACCAUUAAAACCUGAAGAAGUUCGAUGGCUGUACAAAGAUGAUGUUAAUAAAAGAUGGAUGGAAUUCUGUGGUUAUGAUAGUCUCAGAAUUGAAAAUACCUGGAGAUCAAAACAGAGUAAUGUAAAUGAAGACGGAAACAAAGACAAUGCUAUGAACAUUGAAAGAGUUGUUGUUAGAGGUGGAAUGUAUGAUGUUGAAUUGGAAAACAUGAAGUGUGUUUCUAUAUACUGGCCAGGAGAAGAAUGGGAAAUAAUGAGAGGUAUAUGGUUCUAUGAUGGAAGCUGGAUACCAUUAGAAAUGGAUCAUUCAGAAGUACUCGAAGAAGCACAUUUGAAGAUAUUUCAAAAACAAACUUUAACACAAUCAAGUUCUACGCCAAAUUUGGGUACUCCAACACAUACAUAUAAAGUGAUUCAUACUGAACAUUUUACUCAAUACCACAUUGAUUGGCAUGCAAUAGAUGAUGUGGUUUUACAUAGUGAAUACACACCUUCCAAAUUGAUGCGUAGUGUCACAUCUAAGUUUGGUUUCACUAAAACUACUGGAUAUAGAUUAGUAAGAGGGUAUAAAGAGCUAGCCACAAUGGAAGAUAAACCUGAUGAUAUUGAUCAUUUAGUAUUUGUAGUUCAUGGAAUUGGCCAGAAAAGAGAUACAGGAAAAAUUAUUCGGAAUACAUCGAUGUUCAGAGAAUGUGUUGAAAGAAUGAAACAAAAGUAUUUUCCAACUUCUGAACACAGAGUAGAAUUUUUCCCUGUUGAGUGGAGGUCAUCAUUAAAACUCGAUGGAGAUAUUGUUGAUGCAAUAACGCCAUACAGUGUCUUGAGUAUUCGACAUCUUCUCAAUACAUCUGCAAUGGAUAUCCUAUAUUACACUAGUCCUUUAUAUGGUGGAGAAGUCAGAGCUGGUCUCCAGAAAGAAUUGAAUAGGUUAUAUUUUAUGUUCAUAAGUCGACAUCCAGGUUGGCAAGGGAAAGUAUCAGUACUAGCACAUUCACUUGGAUGUGUUAUAGUUUAUGAUAUUGUCACAGGAUGGGUUGGUUAUGAAUCUCGUCCUCCAGGUUCACCUCAGCGUUUGACAGGUUUACAAUUUCCUAUUGAGAACUUAUUCUGUUUAGGUUCUCCGUUAUCUGUAUUUCUAGCUUUACGCACACGCACGCCGUCCAACAGAUUAGAUUUAAUGCCAGAAUAUUUGUGUAAGAGGUUUUACAACAUAUUUCAUUGGUCAGAUCCUGUUGCAUAUCGCAUGGAACCAUUGAUAGAGAGAGGAUACAGUAAGAUAGAACCAGUUCUUAUACCACCACAUGGGGGUAUUGACAACCAUUUAGAUCAACAACAACCCUCUUCAAUGAACAAUGGUGAUCAGAGCAAUCCACAGUCAGAUAACGACGAAAGAGAUGAUCUAAGCCCAACAGAUACACCAAGCAAAACUGCAGACAGAGGUUGGAGCUUAUGGGGCUUAGUAAGAGCUGGAUGGAAUGCCAAAGAAGAUACGUCACCAACUCCUGAUAAUCCACCGAUUCAGCCUGAGCAAGAAUUGGCUCAACGUUUAGAUUAUGUGUUGCAAGCUGUUGGAAUAGGUCGUAAUUAUUUAUAUAGUGUAACAGCUCAUACUGCUUAUUGGACUAAUUGCGAUGUUGCUUAUUUUGUGUUAACGAGAACAUUUCCAACUUUGGAAACGUGAUGUUGGUACAUAAUUUUAGUGAGAGAGUUGUAUCAGAGUACGCUGGAAAUAACUAGUCUAAUAUGGGCCUAUACGGCCUGAGCUUGAAAAUAGGCCUGCCACCAAAAACAAUCUGUGAUAAUGGAAAAACGAUACAAUAAUACAACAAAAUUAAUGUUAUACGAAUGAUUUUUAAUUAUUUGCACUUAGAAUGUUAAAACUUUAAAUAUAUAAAAUUUUACGCGUAUCGCUCAUAAAAAGCUACUAUGUAAUUAAUUUGAAAUCGGAGCAUGCUUCUUGUAUUGAUAGUUAAAAAUAUCAUAUUUGAAGUAAAUGAUUCACGUAAUAAUUUGUUUAAAAAUGUAGUACAAAUUAAAUUUUGCUAUAAUACUGGUUUAUUAAUGCAAAUACUUGACAAUAUUUAAUCUUUGACUGUUCAAAUAUCUUGUCAGUUAUAUAAUCAUUGAAAUGCUAUUUUGAAGCAUAACAGUAUUGAAAGAUGGCCAAAUUGAGUUUUGAUAACUUACAACAUAAUUGUAUUGAAAAAAAAGAAAUGUUAAAAUAACUUCCUUCGAAAUUUAUUUUAAAGUAUGUAAGGCAUAAAUUGAAAAGUAACUUUAUUUUCUUAUUUAAGUUUAUAAAUUAUGUAUAAGUUUUCUCUACAGCACGAUUUGCAUUAUGUUUAGUUACUAUUUGGUUUCACGUUUUUCAAAAUAAAAUUCAUUGUAUCAUGAACGAAAAUCUGUAGGAAAAUAGUACAAUUAUUAACACCAAGAAAUAUAAAAUCAAUAUAGAAAUAUUAUUGCAAUUAUAUUCAAUGAAAAUCGAUACCAUUUUUUAUAUUGAGUAAUAUAAUAUAUCAGAAUUAUUAUAACUAAAAUUUAAUAAGACUUGAAUGAACUAUAUCAUAUCUUCACAUACUCAUUAAUUCAUGAUAAAUCUUUAAUCAAUACUGCAGACUUAUAGCUUAAUUGUAUCAAUGUAGCACCAAACUUUAUGGAAAUUAAUAUAAAAAUAUCAAAAAUAUCGAAAGAAUGUAGGAUAAUUCUCACGAUAAACUUUCAAAACAAUCGUUCUGAGACCAAAUCAACGUAGAUAUAUUUUGUUUCACAAAAAGUAGAAAUAUUCUUUUUAAUUAUAAAAACUAAUUGCUUUCUGCAAUUUUGUAUAUAGCAACAGUUCAUGUGGUUCUUUCACGUAAACUAUUUGUAUAAAGUAUUGUUAACACCAAAUUAUAAAGAUUACCGUUUUAGACUAUGUUUGAUACUUUUAUGAGUGAACAAAACAAAUAAAAUUAUGUUCGAAAAUACGAGCCAUUAUCUGUGAUGCCAUAAAUAUUAUUGGUAGAUUGAUAGAUCAUGAAUCUACAAAAAGUAUAUGAUGUUAACAUUGUAAUUUGUCAGGCUCGAUCAAUUAUAACGUUAUGAAAAUUGGUAAAAUUAUAAAUGAA